CAAGUGCAGUCGAAAUGACAGACGGCGCGAGUGAAGGAGGACGCGACUUGGACCUGGAAAAGGAGCUGUCGUGCUCGGAAUGGUUCGCAUGGCAGGCUUCAUCCAAGGGCCAUGUCUACUCCUGUCCAGCAUGUCGAGCCGUCGUGCGCGACACCAGGCCGAAUGCGACUCUCAGCACGCUGCUCGACAUGUUCCUGCAGGCUCACCCUGACAAAGGCAAGACGGCUCAAGAGAAGCUGGACAUGGAUAAGACAUACAAGCCCGGGGACAACGUAAUACCACCGGUAGACCUAGGUCAAGUGUCGGACGAUGAAGAUGAGCAAGAACAACAGAUGCUGGCACAAGCGCGUGAGCUGAGUCUCAACGACGUAGGCCUUGGGAGCCGCUCAAGAGAGUCAACUCACACACGCCAGAACCGCCGUCGUGACGACUCGCCUCGCUCAGCCCGAGCCGAUGCUUUGUCCCAUCAGUCCAGUAUACGCUCGCUUCUGAGCCAGUCCGAUGUGGACUUUGGUGAUAUGGAAGAUGAGAUUAUGCGCCAUAUCAUUGACCACGGUCUCCUGGACGGUGUCGAUAUCAACAAUCUGACUCCAGAUCAAGAGGAAGCCAUCACUGAUUCCAUCGCGCGAGCAUAUCGUUCUCGCCGCCGUCAAGACCGCCGUGAACGUCAUCAUAAUCGUGACCGAUCUACUGCUCGUCCUUCUCCACGACCUUCUUCUCAUCGCCAUUCUCCUCACUCCUCAUCAUACAGACAUUCUCCUUCGACCUCAACCCACAGACAUUCUCCUUCGUCGUCAAGCCACCGCCGAACUACUUCGACUGCUACGACAGUUAAUCCUCAUGCCUCAACUCCAAUCGAAACUCAACCCUUGCCAGCAAGGCGCCGUGCUACCUCAGCUCAUCAUUUCCAUCGGAUCGACACCACGUCUGAUCAGCGCCGCCAUCUAGCCCCUAACUCGCCUUUACGACCUUUGAACCAUAGUUCACCCGCUCUUCCCAUCCCUCUCCGAGAAGAGUCAGUGACUGACGUACAUGCUCCUUCGAUAAGUUGUUCAAGGUGCGAGAAGCCUGAUAUACAAUACUCGCUACAUUAUAAUUGCGACAAGUGCUCUGGUGGUAGCUUCAAUCUGUGUCUCGGAUGCUAUCGUGCAGGAAAAGGCUGUCUGAAUUGGCAUGGCUUUGGUCGCGCAGCUUCGGCUCGAUACCGCCCUCAAGCUGGUUUCGGUGCUGACCACGCAGACUAUGACCUUCCUCAUGUUCUGUCAGCCAGACGAUACGACCAGAAUACUGCACGCCUGAAGUCAGGUCUGUUCUGCGAUGGAUGUCAGGCAUUCGCGAAUGCUUGCUACUGGUAUUGCAACACUUGUAACGACGGAGCAUGGGGCUUCUGCAAUGUCUGCGUUGAACAGGGCAAGCACUGUACCCACCCACUAACCUCUGUUGCGCACACCUCUCAAGCGCCAACCUCUUCGCAACGACAUUCGCCCUCAGAGUUAUACCCACCACCACUAACACCCACCAACUCUGCCUUUCACUUUGCCGUCCCUUCAACAUCUGUACCCCUAUUGCCACACGUACCCGAUCCCUCCUCCUACAUCCCCAUUGCCUUGGCGUCCUACUGCGAUAUCUGCCACUACUCAAUCCCACCUUCACACGCCCGCUUCCAUUGCAACACGUGCAACAAAGGCAACUACGACAUCUGCAACUCGUGCUACCACUCUCUCGUCAACACGGGCAAGAUAACUCGCGACAACGGACCCUCAGGCUGGCGCCGCUGCCCCCACUCCCACCGCAUGAACAUCAUCGCCCAUGAAGACCACAACCACACAACCCACCGCAUCGUCCUUCUCUCCAUGGUCGGCGGCCAUGCCCUCAAAGACUCCAUCCCCUCCUCUCAAGAGCACUGGCGCUGGAAAGAAAACGACGGCACGCCCAAAACUGCUUCUGCGGCUCUGUUUACUGCCUCCUCUUCACCGCAAGCAUUUCCUCCUUCUGGAGGUAUCGGGCUCACAGUCCAGGCUCUGUGGUCGUAUUUCCCUGGCGACGGCGUCAAGGACGAAUUGAGUUUUCCACGGCAUGCGAUUGUUACCGAGGUGGAAGACAUCAACGGCGACUGGUUCUGGGGUGUUUAUGCUGGAGCUAAAGGACUGUUUCCUGGUAACUAUGUGAGGGUUGUU